GGAAUUUAUUUUUUGGUGGUGGAACUUCGUAGUUGGUGGGUUUUGACUCCAGUUUUCUCCUCUGGUUUUCAGAACGUCUGCUUUUACUAAAUUAAAGCUGGAGUCGAGGAUGAAUAAUUUUAGUAAAGUGAGAUCAGUACACCAGAAACUAAGCAAUUUGUUUCGAAAAGGCGUAUGUAAGGUCCUUCAAGUUGGUCCAAUCCCCACUCACGUAGCCUUCAUCAUGAAUGGAAAUCGAAGAUAUGAUCAAAAGUUGAACCUGGCAAAGGGGACAGGGCACAGUAUAGGCAUACUGGUUAUGUUGACAAUGCUCAUGCACUGCUGCGACCUGGGUAUAAGAUACGUAACAGUUUAUGCCUUCAGCAUUGACAAUUUCAAGCGAAAGCCUGAAGAAGUUGAGCGCGUCAUGGACUUGCUUAAGUUUACAUUUGAGCUAUUAAGUGAAAAGAACAGCAUAGCAAACCUCUACAGUGUCAAAUUCCAUUUUGCGGGCAACCUGGACCUCUUAAGUGAACCUGUCAAGAACGCAGCCAAGGAAUUAAUGGCAAACACGGUGAACAACUCUAAAGCUGUCUUCACAUUUUGCGUUGCUUAUACUUCCACUGAUGAAAUGGUGAGUGCCAUCCGAGAAGCUUGUGAUGAAAGGCGGCGAGCAAUGCAAGAACCGAAGAAAACCGAUGAGAAUUAUGGUUUAACAAAACCUGUAGAAGUUGUGGACAUUGAGAAGCAUAUGUACAUGGCAAUCGCACCUCAUCCUGAUAUUGUGGUAAGGACAGCAGGUGAGAAUCGCCUAAGCAACUUUCUGCUGUGGCAAACAGCAUGCAGCCAAUUGUACUCUACCCCCACGCUGUGGCCAGAGGUGAACUUCUGGCAUUUGGUUUUGGCAGUCUUGAAUUUUCAGCGAAACCAUUUUUACUUGGACAAGCAAAAGAAGCUACUGGAAAUGUUGUUAUGAAUGAUUUAGAUUGCUCUGACAGAGUGGUCCUUUCUCCGUAAACCCUCCCUGUGGGGUAUUAGCUGGAGAAAGAAAACCAAAUUCCCUUAUUCCAUUGGAACUCACCAGUUUUAUUAUUUAUGAAGUCCUAGCAA